AUGGGAGAUUUAAAAUGGGGGGUAGAUAAGAGGGUGGGGGGGGAUGUUGAGAGGGGGGGGGGGUGGGGGGGAAGUAAGGAGGGGGAGGGGGGGUAUGGGAGAUAUGUUGUGUUUGGGGGUGGGGGUGUUUGUGGGUGGGGGGUUGGUUGUGUGUUGUGGUUUUUUGGGUUGUUGUUUUGUAUUUGGGUGUGGGGGGUAAUGGGGGGGGGGUUGUUUUGUAGUUUUUGUUGGGGGGUGGUGGUGGUUUGGGUGGGUGGGGUGGUUGGGGUGUGGGGGGGUGGUUGGUUGGGGGGAGUGGGGGGGGGGGGUAUGGGGGGGUUGGUGGUGAUGGUGGGGGGUUGGUGUGUGAGGGGUUGGUGGUGUUGGGGGUUUUGGGGUUGGGGUAGUUUUUGUGUGUUGGUUGGUUGGGGUGUGGUUGUGUUGGAUGUUUGGGGUUUGGUUUGGGGGGGUUUUGUGGUUUGGUGUUGGUGUGGGGGUUGUUGUGGGGUGUGGUGUUGUUGGGGGGGGGGGGGUUGGGGGGGGGGGGUGGAAUGGGUUGGGAGUGGGGUUUGGGUUUUUAGGGAGUUGUUUGGUUGGUUAUUGGUGUUUUUUGUGUUUUGGGUUGUAUGUGUGGUGGGGUGGUGUGGUGUUGGGGGUUUGUAUGGGGGGGGUGGGGUUGGUUGGGGGGUUUUGUUUGGGGGGUGGGUGUUGUGGGUUGUUGUGGGGUGUGGUGGGUUUGUGGGUAGGUGUUUGUGGGGGUUUUGUUUGGGGGGGGGUGGGGGGGGUGUGUAG